GAGCUGUGGAGCUGUUGACUGAAACUGUCGUGCUCGUGGAACUGCUACAAGCUCAAGGACCUCACCUGCGCUGUGUACACCAUGCAGGGUGUGCUAAAGGUGCUGGAGAGCUUUGUGGCCUGUGUCAUCUUCGCCUUCAUCUCCAACACCUCCCGGCACCCGAAGGAGCCAGCUCACGAGUGGUGUCUAGCCAUCUAUUACAUCUGCUUCACCCAAGCGAUCGUGGCCACGCUGCUGAACCUGGGCAACUGGGAGUACAGGCUGCCCAUCCAGGUUGUGCUGACCCUGCUCUCCGUCCUCCUCUACUCCACUGCUUUGGUUCUCUGGUCACUCUACCCAGUAAACGAGGAGAUUGAGAUCAAGCCCGAGGGAUUCUGGUACCUGUACAUAUUGGGGCUCACCCACUGCUCGAGUCUCGGGGACCAUCGACUGGCUGUGGCCAUCCUGACAGCCAUCAACCUGCUGAUUUAUGUGGCCGACCUGGUGAUUUCAGCCCACUAGGUUUUUGUCAAGAACUAAGGAUCAGCCCUCUUGUCAAUGGAGGUUUCUACACUAAGCUCUGAUGUCAUCUUCCUGGCUCCCCUUCUCACAUCCUUCCCCGUUCUUCUCUCUCUCUUUUCUGCUUCCUUCUCUCCAUUUGCUCUUUGUCCUGUUUUAUGUGUUUGCCCACACCCUGUUUUGUCUUUCCCUUGCUUCUCUCAUCUUUUCUACAUUUUCUGCCUUUGCGCCUUUUCUGAUCAUCCUUGGUUUUCUCGUCUUCUAUGUCCUGACCAUUUUCCUGCUGAUCCAUCAAGAUCAGACUUCUUCCUUGUCGGGAGCCGCCGGGAUGCACCCAGUCCGUGACAAGGUCAUGGGACGAGAAAGGAACCUGCAAGGCAUCUCUUCCCCUCGAGGUUGUCCCAGGGGCCCGGUAUGUCCCUUUCUUCCUUCUGUCUUACUUUUGUUGGGCUUUCUAUUAAUUUUUGGAAAUAUAAUAUAUAGUAAUAAGGCCUCACUGGAAAAGUCCAAGACUUUGGAAAUGGUCAAGAUUGCUCUGGCUCAGGACACGACCAUAAACAUCAAGUCAUAAAAGAAAAAGCCACAAGUAUAGUUUGGCUGCUUGCUUAAAAGAUUAUAAUGUUCUAGAAUAGAAAAGAGUAGAGGUAUUUAGAUUUAGAAGUAGAUAUACUGCUUUAGUUUACUUGCUCCUCGGUUGAAAGGGUUUUCGCUAUUGCUAUUUCCUUGCUGCUAUUUGUUCAUUGUUUCCCUUUCUUUAAACAAUAUGGGAUAUUAUGGGUAUUUUUGUAAAAUUAGAAAGUGGGGUAUAUAGGAUUUUAAUAGAAGAUUUAUAUUAACCAGCUUCAUUGCCAUUAUCUCACUAUUAAUAGAGGUGUUUUGCUGCUUUAGAGGUGUUUUUGCUGUUUAAUAGUUAAUCGUAAAUUGAGAUUUUGUGGUUUCAGGUAAAGAAAAAUAUCAGGUUUUUCUCAUGGUACUAUUUUCAGAAAUGUCAAACAUGUUACUGUGACCCUUCCCAUGUAUUGUUUUAUUGUCCAAAGAAUUUACACUAUACCUGAGAUUUGUGGAACAUUGUUUUUGUUAGAGUGAGAAUGCUAGGUCAUUGAGGCAAGAAGACUAUGUACAGGACAUUUAAGUAUAAACCCUGUAAUCGGAAAUGUUCUAGAUGAAUGCUUAGGGGGAAAACAUGUGGAAAAAAAUAUUGAAGGAAGCACAAACCAAUAUCUGAUGUAAUAUGUGGUGACUUAAGGGGGAGGUAACAUUCAUUCUAUAAAAACUGAGCUAUCCUAAAAAUGAAAAAAAGUUACCUCUACACAA